AUGACAGCGGCAGUGACACAACAAGCGGCGACUCGGACGCCAAACAAGCAUAUGCCGGUGGCAGUGGAGCGGCACGUCGAGCCCUGGCUGCACUUUGUGGCCGGAGGAGUGGGGGGGAUGGCCGGCGCCAUCAUAACAUCGCCGCUGGACGUGCUGCGCACACGGCAGCAGCUAUCGGGGGUGCGGCGAUCGGCCGACAAUCAGCCGGUGCUCCGGCGGCUCGCGCAGCCAUUCAUGCAGACGGGCCAGGUUCUGAAGCAGCUGUAUGUGCGCGAGGGCAUCAAGGGGUGGUUUGCCGGGCUGGGACCGGCAUUGGCAGGCAUAAUCCCGGCGCGCGCAAUCCAGUUCUUCGCCUACGGCAACGGCAAGCGGAUUUUGGCGCAAUACAACAAUGGGAAGGAGACGGCCCUGGUGCAUUUGGCGGCAGCCUGUAUUGCCGGGGUGGCGACGACGACGGCGACGAAUCCGAUCUGGAUGGUCAAGACGCGCAUGCAGCUGCAGCCGGGCCAGUACAAGAACAGCCUGGAGUGCUUUUUGGGCAUAGUGCGCAAUGAGGGGUGGCUGGGCUUGUACAAGGGCACGAGCGCGGCGUAUCUGGGGGUGUCCGAGUCGGCGAUCCAGUGGGUGGUGUAUGAGCAGAUCAAGAAGACCCUGAAUGACCGCAAGCCCAACGGCGGCGCCAAGACCCUGUAUGACUGGUUCGAGUACUUUGGCGCAGCGGCGUCGGCCAAGCUAGGUUGCCCGCCCGACGCCCAGGGCAAAGUCAAGUACACGGGCUUGGUCAACUCGGCCCGCAUUAUUUUCGCCGAAGAGGGCAUGCGCGGGUUCUACGGCGGGCUGACCACGCAUUUGCUCCGGACGGUGCCCAAUGCUGCCAUCAUGUUCCUGUCGUACGAGCUGGUGGUGCAUUACUUUGGCAGCACCCGGCCCAGGAAAGCCUGA